AUUUCACUCGUUAUCCAACUUCAAAGAUUAUCAGUGCCUGUUAUAAUGUUAGGUUAUGUAUGUCGUUUGAGGUUAAUUACCGGAUACCUACAGUAAUUUUUGUAUUGUUCAAUGUAUAACUUUUCAUUUGCAUCAUUGAAGCCUACAAUUCGAAAUUGCUGAUAUUUCGUGAAGUUUGGCGGUAUUCCGAUACUGAGUUAAACCAGUUACACAAAAGUAUAUUUUGCAAUGAAACCGAACACCGAGCGAUGCAGUUACAUCAAUUGUGGUAAACAACGGCUUGGACAAGAAUUUCACUAUCUGCCGCUGAAAAAUUCGAGCCUUUGUGUGAAGUGGUUAAUUAACAGUGGCCGGGAGGAUCUGCUUACUCAUGAAACUCCUGCAUUAGAGUCGUUGAAACUUGCUAUUUGUAGCGACCAUUUCCACGAUGAUGACUAUCUCCUAGAAGGAGCUUUGAAAGACGACGCAGUUCCGAUUCAAUACUGGGAUCUUGGCUACUCUAUUGAAAUUGGCGGAUUGAAAGAUGCUAACCAGGUUGAUCAGCAGCCACAGAAUGACAGCAUUGAGAACGGCACAACUACCGGAUCCGAAACUGAUUCCAAUACGGGAUCGGACAAUGAAUUCCGAACUCAAUUGGGCAAUGAAAUCGAGGCUUUAUUAAACUCUGUCCAAAAUUUUCAUGGUCAGUCAGCAGGUAGUGAAAAUCUGGAUUUCGAGCACUCGAUAAAAAAUUUGUACACAAAACUGAGGUCAAAAUCUGUUGGAUAUAAUGAUGAUAGAAACCACCUGACAUCGACGAGUGAUUUGAUGAAAUUCAAGAGAGCUAUCAAAAACGUAUGUAGAACGUGUGCAAGGAAGAAAAUUAAUCUAGUCAGUAUAGGUGACGAAACGACACGCUCUCCCAACAGUAUAUUAACGAAAUUAAAACUGCUUAUAGAAAUUAAAAACAGCGAUAAAUUGCCGAAAAAAAUAUGCCACGAAUGUCUUGCAAAACUAGAACAGUCCUACAAAUUUUUUCAACAAAUAUACAGAGCGGAUAGUACUCUACGCGGUAUGCUAUCUAAAUACAAACAAGAAAGCGAAUCACUUCCUAACAGUCAUAAUAAAUACAACGGUGAUCUAGCUCGUUCUCAAAAUCCUAAUACUCCAGAUAAACUCGAUAAUAAGGCACAGAAGUUUAGUUUGAAAGUAAAUGAUCUACAGUUUAAAAAUAAUUUGAAAACAACAUGGAUGGAUAAUGAAGUUGCUAAAUUUGAUGAGAUUAUGAAGAACAACGAUAAUAUCCUGGAAAAAAUUAGUAUGAAUAGCGAGAUUUAUUCAAGUGAAAAUACUGAGAAUACUGUGAGCUACUUGCUGUCAGACUGUAGUAACAAUGAUGCUGCAUUGAACUGGCUCGACGUUAUGGGUACAAUAAAGAAGGAACCUAAACCAAACGCAUCAAAAUCUAGUACAGCUGUAGAGAUAUCACCAGUUGCUGCUUUUCAAAUUCAAUGCAAACAUUGCAAUCGUACUUUCAAAUUACGACGACAAUUGAAAACCCAUAUAGCAAUGAAUCAUACUUCGUCGAUCAACUAUACGUGUGAACAUUGCAAUGUUUCCUGCACGAGUGAAAAAUCCUUGUCAGAACAUUAUGUUCAGGUUCAUACUGGACAAAGAUACACUUGUAAUAAUUGCGAUAGUACAUUCUCAAAGAAAAAUGAGUUACAGUCACACAUCGAGCAAUUCCACUCAAGAAAAGCAAUAAUACCGGAAAAGAAUAGUUGCACGAAUUCACAUUUGGAUCAAACAUUUGCCUGUGACGAUUGUGAGAAAACUUUUUCCUCCAAGAAGACUCUUUGUAACCAUAUUCACAGACUACAUCCACCUUUUGCUUAUACUUGCACAAUUUGCAACAGUGUGAUGUAUAGCGAGGCUGCUACUUAUAAACACAUGACAACUCACGAUAAAGCCCCGCUAUUUCCAUGCCAUGAUUGUGGAAGAAUGUUUUACAGCACCAAGAAAUUGGAGAAGCAUAAAGGUAUACAUAAUAAAGAUACGGGGAAUAAAAGGAAAAGGGUCUGGUUUCAUUGUCAGCUGUGUGAUGCUUCAUAUACAAUAGCUGAUGAAUUAAUUAAUCACAUAGAAUCUCAUUCAUCAGAGGACUGGGAAAAGUAUAGAACUAAAAUUUUAUAUUGCGGUGAAUGUGAUGCCAAAUUAAUAGGUAAGGAAAAGUUCCGAAUUCAUAAAAUGAAGUAUCACCUUAGCAAAAGGGGUGAUUUUAUUUGUUUACUUUGCGAUAGAGUUACUGAAAAUUUUCAAUCAUUAGGGGAGUAUGAAAAACAUAUCAAAUCGCAUUCUAAUCAACUUCAACACUUGCUUUCCAAAAAUUUCAAGUGUGAGCAUUGUCGAAAGGCUUUCAAAUCAAAUUCUGAUCGAAUAAAUCACAUAGAUUCAUAUCAUUCCGAUGUUAUGCAUUCGUGUCCCAUUUGCAACCUUAAAAUAAAACGUGAAGAUCAUCUGAGAAAUCAUAUUGCCACUGUUCACAAUUCCAACAGACAAAGUUCAAGUAAAGCGCAAAACUUUUCAGAAGAAAAAUGUUUGAGUUUUGAAAACCAGAGGAGCGAUCAUUAUGAAGAAGAUCAAGAACCGUUUAAAAAUUUGGAGAAAUUAUUUCCUUGGGCCCAAAGAUAUUCAUGUGACCAUUGCAGUAUGAAAUUCUAUUACAUGCACAAACUACGGCAGCAUCUUCUCAGUGAACACGGAGAUGAAGAGAAUGCAGCAAUUAUUCGAACAUUAGAGAAUUAUAGAAAAUUUAAAUGUACAGAGUGUGAGGCAACUUUUAAACAUAAGAGCGGCCUAGAUACACAUAUGAAAGGAAUUCACUCCGCCACAGAACACACGUGUUCUAUUUGUGGACUUAAAUUGAAAUUAGAAAGGGACUUGAGUGAACAUUUGCUUACGCAUGAUAAAGAUAUGCAACUGCACAAAUGCCAAUACUGUGAAAAACAAUUUGAACAUAAGGAAGAUAGAAUAAAUCACGAAGAUAAUCACCAUGCAAAACGGUUUAAAAGUGAUUCAUUCAGCUGUGAUGGUGAAUAAAUAAUCUAAUUCUAAUGCUUAUUGCAUCAAUUUCGUUCAGAGCUUAGCACUAAUAUAAUUGGAAUAUUGAUUGACUGGCUAUAUAUUCAAUUAAUUGAGAUCAGUUACCAUAUAUCUUCCUAUGUAUUGGUAAUAUUACAUUAUUUUGAAUUGCUUAGGUUUAAAAAAAAAAUGAUGGUAUUUUCUAGAUAUUGUAUAACGUAAUUUAAAAAUAAUUCAUUUGUAUAUAGAUGCCACAGAAUGUUUCCAAAAUUAUAUCAGCAAUGUCGGCGGUAAUUUUCACAAUAUGAGGAAUUAGAUAAAAAAAAAAAAUACUAAAUGAUGAUAUGGGAAUGAGACGUAUCAAUAAGACUGGUAUUUGUCAUUUUCAAUUCGUACACCAUUACUAUUACCAGUUUGCAAAAUGAAAUUCAUUUGAUUCAUCAAUUUCUCUCAAGCACUUUUUCCUGCUUAAUUUUUAUUAUCUGUGUGUAAUAUAUGCAUUUUCUAUAUAUAUAAUAGUUCCACUAUUGAUGUAUUAUAUAUUCGAAUUGCUGUCUAUUGACGAAACCAAGAGACCCGAAACAAAUAUCACUAUACAAAUGAACCUUUGAUUUAACCCAAACAGUUCAGAAAAGUUAAGGAUAAAAAAUGUUUUUAUGUAUUCAUUUUAUAACUGUCAUAUAUUCAGCAUUUUGGGGUAUUGACAAAAAUACAAGUUUUUUAAAUCA